AUAGGAAAGCUGAAGAAGGGGCUGAAUCCAUUAUCAAUCACGGAUCUUAUAUUUUCACCUCCUCACAUGACACUAGCUAUCAAAACUGGCAUAAUCACGGGUAUCAUAGCCCUCGCUGAAGGGAUAGCAGUGGGGAGAAGCUUUUCCAUGUUCAAGAGUUACCAUAUUGAUGGAAACAAAGAGAUGAUUGCAAUUGGAAUGAUGAACGUUGUUGGUUCUUGCACUUCUUGCUAUCUCACAACAGGUCCAUUUUCGCGAUCUGCGGUGAACUACAACGCAGGGUGCAAGACGGCAGUGUCAAACAUAGUCAUGGCAAUUGCCGUCAUGUUCACGUUGUUGUUCCUCACACCCUUAUUCCAUUACACUCCGCUGGUGGUGCUCUCAGCAAUCAUAAUCGCCGCGAUGCUCGGUCUCAUAGAUUAUGAGGCCGCCAUCCAUCUUUGGAAAGUGGACAAGUUUGAUUUAAUCGUUUGCAUAAGUGCAUAUGUUGGCGUGGUCUUUGGCAGUGUGGAAGUCGGAUUAGUCAUAGCG